AUGCUCAGCCGGGAUCCCCUGCCCUCCGGCGAGGGCGGCCAGGAGAAAGCCAUGACGGUGCGCUCGGUGCUGCUCAACCGCGACUCGCCCGACAUCGAGAGCCGCCUGCAGCGCCGGCGCAACCGCACGCAGCAGGUGCGCUUCAAGGACCUGGUGGAGGGCAGCCCCCCCCCGGCGCCCGCCCCCGGCCCCAACACCCCACGUGCCUCGCCGCCCCCCAGGGCCCCCCCUGAGCCGGCGGCUCUCUGUGCCUCGCGGCGCAGCUGGCCCCAGGCCCAGCCGUGCUCGCUGACGCUGCCCGUGCCCGGGAAGGCCCGCGCCAGCGCUGCCAUCCAAACCUCCCCCAGCCUCCAGAAGCCCUUCCCGGCCCCCCGGCCCCACGGCGGGAGCGUCUGCGAUGCGGCCGCGGACACGGGGCUGCUCGCCGCCCUGGGGAGCGCCCGCUGCCCGGGGGGAGCUGCGCCCACCGCCUCGAUGCGAGCCGUUCCCCCGCGGGCGCCCGCAGCCGAGCGCGCCCCCUCCCUCGCCCCGCGCCCCGCAGCGUGCCGCGUGCCGCCGCCACCGCCCAGGGAUCCCCGCCCCCCGUACCCGGGCACGGCCGGGUGCCCCGCUGCCAGCUGCACCCCCUCGGCCAGGAGCUGCUCCACCGAGCCCUGCGCCCGGCCCGGCGGGACCCUCCGGGAUGGGCGGGAGCCCCCCCAGCGUCCGGCCUCCGUGCCCUGCGCCCGCUCUCAGCCUUCCUCCGAGCUGUGGGUGCUCGGCCGCAGCGACUCGGAGCGCAGCCUGCCCCGCGGGCACCGCCAGCUGCCCCUCCUCCACCAGCCAGCUCAGGGCAACCCCCCCCGCGACCCCUCGCCACCCCAGCACCGGCUCUGCGGCUCGCCCUGGGGGAGGCCCUGCUGCACCCCGGCACCCAUCCCACCGGCGCCGGGCUGGCACAGCUCUGCCACCGCUGCACCGGAGACCGCGCCAGCUGCACUUGGCCAUCCGGACACGCAGGACAUCUGCAGCCAGCUGCGGGCUGCCGAGCCCGGCCACGAGCAGGCAGCUCCGGAGAGGCACGAGGGACCCCCACACGGCGUCAGUGCAGUGGUGCAGCCCGGUGGGCGCACACCGGAGCCCCCCCAGCAUGGGCAGCCCUGCCUCAGCACCCAGCAAUCAGAGACGCUACGCCACGUGCAGGACCUGCUGCAGAUGGUGGUGGCAGCCAAGGGGACACCGGGAGCCGCAGCAGGGGAUGAGCAUGGCCACACAUCUCAGGGACAGGGGGCACAGGGGGACCUGCAGUCCCAGCUGCAGUCCCUGGAAGGAGUGCUGGAGACCAGCCAGCAAACCAUCCGUGUGCUGCUGGACGUCAUCCAGGACCUGGAGAAGAAGGAGGCCCAGCGCGAUGGGCGGCACUCGUACCGGACGGGGCAGGACAUCGCCAACUGCGGGACGUGCCGGGACUGCGCCUGCAUCAUCUACAGCGUGGAGCACGACUUUCGGCAGCAGGAGGGCCGCUUCCAGCGGGUGCUGAGCCACAUGGAGGGCGACGCGGCACACAGCAGCCCUGCACCGGGGCCCGGCCCCCCCGCCCGGCAGGAGGCUUCGCCCCCUGCUAAGCUGGACGCCAAGAAAUCCCGGCGCAAGUGCUUCUGGUUCCUGUGAGCCCCGGCACUGACACCGGCUCCUGCCUCCUCUCCCUUCCCUCUGACGUUAGGGUUUGGGUAGCACCAGCUUUUAUAUUUUUAACCGUUCCGUUUAACGUACUGAAGAACCCGUGUAAAUAAGAGGGGGGGGAGCAGCGGCUGUAUUGAUGGAGAAACCAAUAAAUUCCAGGGAGACGCUAUUUUUGUUACACCCUCUCCUGGCUGUGCGCUUCUGUUCUGGAUGCAGCUGAAGCUGCCGCCCGGCCCCAAAUCAGUGCUGCGAUCCCAUCCUGGCCCCAAGCAGCCCCGCGGCUCCAGCAGGUUCUCAGAGACCCCACUGAACAGUGGGAGCACCGUGAGAGCCCUGCACCCAUUGCCAGGGGUGGUGGACAAGGGCAGGGGAGAGGAGCCCCAGUGCAGGCAGGCUGGGACCCAGGAGUGCGGCUGCUCUCAUAGAAUCAGUCACCCAGGCUGGAGAAACCCUCCAAGAUGCCCGGCUCCACCCCACCAUGCCCACUGUCCUUGUCCCCCAGUGCCACAUCUCUGUGGUUCUGAACACCUCUGGGGAUGGUGACCCCCAGUCCCUGGCAGCCGUGCUGGCACCCAACCGCUCUGCAGGAGAAAUUAUUGCUGAGAUCCAACCUGAGCCUCUCCUGAUUCAAUGAGAGACCGCCUCCCCUCCCCGAGCUGCUCUCUGCCCACUGAGGCCGUUGUGUGCUGGGGUCACCCUGCAGCCUGGCCGUCCCUGCACAGCCCAGGGCAAGAGCCGACCCCCCCACUCUGUGUCAGGCCAGGCCCCUGUCUGCAGGAUGCACCAGCUGAUUACGUGGGGGCAGAAUUCAGCAGCUCAAAUAUUCCAACCUGCAAAAGGAGCAGCUCAGCAUCGAUGUAAUGAUGGCUCUGGAUCAGAGCGGUCAGCAACAGCAGCAGCAGCAGCCCGGCUGGGGGCUGCAAGCAGUGGGGUGAAGCCUGGGACUGUGACAGCACCACGAAAGGGAUGAACUAAGGUGAGAAAGCUGCCAGACAGCAUUUCUGGAGCACAGCAGGGCCAGAGCGAGGCUCAGCCAAAGCACUGCCCUCCUUCUCCUCGCGCUGCGCAUCAGGCCGUGCUCCGGCAGCCAGCGCUGCUCGUUAUCUCUGUCACAGCCCCACAGGUAGCUUCAAACAGCUCUUUCUUUGCUCUCGCUUCCUCUGGCACUGAAUCAUGCAUUCUGAGAACAAAGGCUAAAAGCGAGAUGAUACCAAACCCAACCCAGCACGCAUCGCCUGCCUGAAUCCACCUGAAUCACAACCAGCAAGAGCCCACCCACCCAGACUGCUGGCACAGUCUGCCACAGCCUAAUACAGCCCAACACAGUGCCAGCACAGCCCAGCACAGCCCAGCACAGUCUGACACGGCCCAGCACAGGGCUACUUGCAGCCAGAUGUAUAGGAAGGACUGCACCCUGCACCAUCUCAGCAGUGGGGUCACUCCAAGAGCACAGAGAUGCUGUCUGGAAUGGCUCCUGAAGCAGGCAGGUCCCUCUGCCAGUAGCAGCAGCAUGGCCAGUGAGAAGGAGGGUCCCAUCCUGCCCGUAGCACCUUGGUUUAGCCACGUAUUUAUGAAUGAGAGCCAAGCACGGAAUGGCAGAACUACAGGUUUGCUCCAAAACCUCCCUAGGCAUGAUGCACGGCACGGCACGGGAUGACACAGCAUGGCAGGGCCCCACAGCACUGCACCCCAAAUACCACCAGACCCUUCCCCUUGCCCCACACAGCCCAGAGCCACGUGCCCGGCCUGCUGCACACAGCCUGGCUGUCCACACUUGCACAGAGCACAUUUCCUCCUCCCGCAUGAUGAAACCACUGCACCCAGUGCAGCUGUGCUGCGCAGAGCCUCAGCCGUGCUGCAGCCUGCCAACAGCUCAGCACGAGGUGGGCAUCCCAGCGUGCUGCUCCCAUGUGUAAAAUGAGGAACGUUUGUUGGGUCCCAUCACUGCUUUCCAGAGAAUGCAGCCCAAACCCCCGCAUCUGCUUCCAGACGAGCCUCCUGCACCGCAAGCACCCUGCGCGCUCCUCCCAGCGCUCCCCCUACUCCGCCCUGCUUCUGCCGCAUUUCCUCCUUCCUUUUUUGGGCUUCCUCGUGCAUCCUGCUGCGUUAAAUACCCACAAACCCAUCCCCAGCAGCUGCUGCCAGACACCACGGCACCGCCGAGGAACAUUUGCCACCUGCUCCCCAUCCCCACACCGCGCAGCCCUUCCCUCACUUCCUCAUCCCCAUGGAAGCGGAGCGGCGGAGCUGUCCCA